UCGUUGUUGUCGUCCUCCAUGAAGGUAGAAGACAUCUUCCACCAGCAACCGCCACCAACCAGCAACCCAUACCUCUCUGAUCCUGCGUUACCCGGGCUACUCAAACGCCUCUUGCCGCCAGAUGUUCUGGCCACGGUUGAACCAGACCUCAUCCGACUGGGGGAUGAAUUAAUCAACGUCAUUCGCCCAAUUGCUCCCCUUGUGAAAGAGCCUACUCUGACCCAAUACGACUCAUGGGGGAACCGAGUCGACAACCUGCAAGUAUCUGAAGGCUGGAAGAUCCUCAAAGCGUUCACUUGCAAAGAAGGACUCAUAAGCAUCGCCUACGAACGCAGAUUCCGCGACAAGAGCCGUGUCUGGCAAUUUGCCAAAAGCCUGCUCAUGGUCGGCGACUGCCAUGUGAUCAUGUGUCCAUAUGCUAUGACGGACGGUGCUGCGAGAGUCAUGGAGCUUGCUGGUUCGACUGAAAUGAAGGCACAAGUCCUGCCUCGACUGAUCAGCUCAGAUCCCGAUAAUGCCUACAUUUCCGGACAGUGGAUGACUGAGUCGACUGGUGGGUCUGACGUAUCUCGCACGGAGACAGUUGCACGACCAACCCCCGCCCAGCCGGGCGAUCUUGGCCCUGCAUACCUCCUCGACGGUUUUAAAUGGUUUUCGAGUGCUGCAGAAGGAAACAUGUCCGUUGCCCUCGCCCGUUCAGAGUCCAGCCACGGGACUGGCGGACUAUCUCUUUUCCUCGUUCCCGUCAGACUACCGCCAUUUCCCACUCCUUUAUCCAACAACAUUCUUCUCCAUCGUCUCAAAGACAAAGUGGGCACGAAGGCGGUUCCCACAGCAGAACUUUCUCUCAAUGGCGCCCGCGCUUGGCUAAUUGGAACCCCUGGGGCGGGUAUUCGGACAAUUGCGCCGGUUCUGAACAUCACCCGCAUCCAUUCAUCGAUAUCGUCCGUUGGCUCGCUGAUGCGAUGUCUUUCUCUGGCUCGCGCCUAUGCUGGCGUCCGCGAAGUCGAUGGUGGCAAGCUCUUAACGACCGUUCCCGCCCACAUGGAGACACUCGCGCGUGUGAGCAUCUUAUAUCGCGCGCUAGUUCACCUUCUCUUCGGCGUUAUUGGGCUGCUGGGGAGAACCGAGUGUGGAUUGGCGAGCGAGGAGGAACAGGUCCGGCUUCGGAUGUUGACACCCACAGUCAAGGCCUUUGCGGCAUUGCAUGCAGUAUCAGCGAUGGAAGAGUGCAUGGCGGCCAUGGGUGGCCAGGGCUACAUGGAAGAAACGGGAAUGGGAAGGCUGAUCCGUGAUGCCCUUGUGGAGAAGAUAUGGGAGGGAACGAUCGAGGUGCUCGCUCACGAUUUAAUUCGCGCGAGCCGAGGGAAGGGCGUCGAAAUGUUCUGCCGUUGGGGCCAGAGUAUCCUCGAUGCCGCUCCAAGGAGAACUCCAUCGACUGCCUUGUUGCAGAAGACGGUCACAAAUCUCCCCAGCAUCUUUCUCAAGACACGGAAUCCGCUUCUGGGCCGGACGAUUCUCACUCUGUUUGGGCACAUCUCCAGCGCGCUAUUCCUUUUGGAGCAUGCCAACUGGUCACGACGCUCGGAGGACACCAGUUUCAUCGCAGAUGCCGCGGUGUUUGAGAGGUGGGUUGAAGAAGGCGGGCUGAAGGAUGCGCUUCAGGAACUCGAGGUCUUGGACUCGGAUAAUCUGGUGCAAGACCGGAUUCGGGAUAAUUUGUUGCUCGUUGGUUUGGUCAAGGCGAAGCUAUGA